GCACUUCACCUUCCAUAUGGAAAAAUGCCCCUCAUUCAGUGGCCUGCUUCCUGCGGGGAGAAAGUCACAUGUAACUGAUUCUGCCAGUAUCGGCUGCAGAGAGACAGUCAUGAGGGCUCUGCUCCAAAUAAUCUUCAUGGUCACCUUUCAUCUCUACCUGGCAAGUGGAUAUGAAGGAUCGGGGUACUCACCAGUAGAAGAUGAUGAGGAUAUAUAUGCACGCAAUAGAUAUGGCGACAAAGACACUCCAUGGUGCUCCCCAAUCAAAGUUAAGAAUGGCCAUGCAACCUGCAACAGUCCUUACAGAUCCUACUACAAGAAUGCAAAGGGGGCAAGAUGCAACAUAUAUUGUCAGAAAGGUUAUGAACUCCAUGGAGCUUCACAAGUCAUUUGCCAAGAGGACAAACGCUGGUCUGGCAAAUAUUUAUGCAAGCAGAAGCGAUGUCACACUCUUACUAUGCCACUUAAUGGAGGCUUCAAAUGUGUAGAUGGCGCCUACUUUAACUCCAGGUGUGAAUAUUACUGCUCACCAGGAUAUCAGCUGAAAGGAGAAAGAAUUGUAACAUGUAUGGAUAGCAAAGUCUGGAGUGGCAAGCCUCCAACUUGUGUGGAUCUGGAGCCACCAAGAAUUAAAUGUCCAAGUGUUAAGGAGAAGGUAGCAGAACCAAAUAAGCUGACAGCAAGAAUAUUCUGGGAAACUCCAGAGGGACGAGAUACAGCAGAUGGUAUUUUAACUGAUGUUAUACUAAAAGGGCUGCCCUCAGGCACAAACUUCCCAGAAGGGGACCACAAAAUCCAAUAUACAGUGUAUGAUAGGGCAGAAAACAAAGCGUCAUGUAAAUUUAAUGUUAAAGUCAGAGUUAAGCGCUGUGCAAAACUAAGUGCUCCUGACAAUGGAUAUGUCAAAUGUUCAGGAGCCAGUGAUAAUUAUGGAGCUACAUGUGACUACUUUUGUGUUGGCGGCUAUGAGCUUCAAGGAAGUCCAGCCCGUGUAUGUCAGUUUAACUCAGAAUGGUCAGGCGCAGAACCAACAUGUUCCUUUAUGAACAUUAAUGUGGGCAUAAACGAUGCAGCAAAAUUUCUGGAUCAAUUUUAUGAGAAAAGGAGAUUAUUAAUUGUAUCAACUCCUACCGCGGCUGAUUUCUACUACAGACUGCAAAUUGGAAUGCUUCAGCAAGGUCAGUGUGGCCUGGACUUACGACAUGUUACAGUAAUUGAAUUAUUUGGAGUAUAUCCAACUUAUAUUGGAAGAAUUGGACGCCGAAUUCUGCCCCCAGCACUGGGAUUUCAGCUCAGGUUGCUGCUAAGAAUCCCCCAGAACAAAUUUCAAUUGGUGGUGUUAGAUAAGCAUGGAAUGGACAAAGAGCGAUAUGCUGUACCCGUCACUAACACAGAUCUUUUUACUUUGAUUGAUGCCUUUCCUCUUAGGAAAGACGAGAUGAAACUGCAAGCUGAAUUUGGUCACACUUGUAACUGAUUACGGUGCUUGUGUGGUCGAUAAACUGUUUAAAAGGUGCUACCUGCAAUACAUACUUUGGUGUAAAGAAUUGUUUCAUGAACUGAUGUAUAUUCUCUCUUGAUACAUACAUAUAGGGUAUUCGAAAGCAGUCAUGUUAUGUAUGUACUACAGCUAUGGGGUCUAUUAUCUGUAAAGCUGUUAUCCAAAAAACUCCUAAAUUAGGCAAGGCCCUUUUCAAUGCCCUAUUUCAACGAUGUUUCUUAUUUGUUCCACUAGCUUUCUUCUUGUAUUAAGAUGCUAAGUCAUAUUAAGUACUGACUAACCUAGCAUGAAUCCAUAUCUACUCUAGCAAUAUUUGGUAAGGUUUAAAUGUUUUCAGUAGCCUUAGGGCAUGGUCUAUUAUAGAAAAAAAGCAGAUACCAAGCAUCUUGGAUAACAGAUCCCAUUCUGUAUCAUUUAUACCAUUUAAAGAAACUAUAUACAGUAAAAACAAAGCAUUUUAGUGAGGCAUAUUCAAUAUAAAUGGGUAGUGCUGUAUGCAAUAAUUAUAUAUUAAAAAGCUUGUAUUUUUAAAGCUAAAAAUGCUACUGAAAGUUGCCAAAGCAAAAAAAACAAAAAAAAACCCUAUACUUUAGUUGGUUUAAUAAGGCUUUAAAAGAAACAAAAAAUACAGAGUUUACAUUUGGGCUCACAGACACUUCAAAUUUGUGGUGUUUGUUAAAUAGCAAACACAAAAGAAAUGGUCCCUGUUUUCACCACUUAAGUUCCAGUACGUAUACCUCAAAUAAGUCUCAAAUACAUUUGUACCUUAAGACAGAUACAAGUUGCAAGAGACACAGUUGCUAGUGCUAUAUAGCGAUAUUGUUGCUUUUUGUGUGUGCAAGCAAAGGAUAUGCUACUGUUAUUUUCAACAUAAUGUAAGCCCAAUAAAUACGUUUUGCAAAGAUUCUGCUGGAGUUCUCCUUCCUUUAUUAUUUUGAUUUACUAGCCCAAUAAAUAUCACAUGAUCAAUAUGUGUCCAUAAGUGAGCCAAGGCAAAGAAACUUGAUUGAGUUAUUGUUUAUUCAGUUGCAAUGAGCUAAGCUUUUUAGUUCUUUAAAUUGAAAAAAAAUGGCCAAUAUUUCCUUUAGAUCUCUUCUCACAGUUGGAUUGCUGCAGGUUCAACUUGUCAUGUCAUGCUAAAAUAAUCUAAUGUGUCACUUCACAUCACAUGACAGGGAAACCUCAAUAAACUAUUUUCCCUUUAGUCCCCUCUGUUGAAUAAAAAAACAUUGUUAUAAUACCCCAGAGUUCAAGCAGCACAGAGGGGGUGGAAGGAACAUCAUACAGGGAGGACUCAGAUAGGGACAGUAGGAUCAACUGUAUCUGCCAUUUUUUUCUAUUUCACUUUCUCCAGUCAAAUGCAAAAUGUUUCUGUUCAACUAGCAUGAACUAAUGGAAAUUUUCUAUUUGAAAACUAGAAGAAUAUAUCAACAUGAAAGCUAUUGAUUCUGAAAAAGUAAAAUGUCCCCCCCUGUAGUAAAUGUAAUUUGAGUCAAAAUAUGAUUGCAAGUGUCAGUUACUGCUACAGUAUAUGGCAGCUGUUAACCUGGGUUAUAUCACUUUACAAAACAGAUGUAUUUUGUAAGUUUAGUGUAAAAAUGUUGGACAUGUUUUGGACAGUGAUGUUGCUUAAUGGCUUCUCUGGCACCUGUUUCUGAUAUUUUGUCUCAAUGUUUGCUUAAAUAUCAAAUCAUUUAUUUAAGGCAAAUACCACAAAAUAAUUGAUUUUGCUUGAUAACAUAUUUGUGUUUUCCUUAGGUAUUGGGUAUCUUUUUUCCCAUAUCACUAUUCAUUUGUGAUUGGACAAAUCACUAUUCGUUUCAACAUUGGACAAGUUAAAUUCUUAAUCUUGUAGUUUUCUGUAAAACUGUGAAAUCUUGGGAAAGCCUAAUCUUAUGAUAUAUUUAAGACAUAAUUAUAAAAAUAAGAAAUUCUGAUCUCUCCUUAUAGAAUCUAUGCCAUCAAACUUGAAUGGACCAGUAUUCCUCUUUUUCCCCUGAUUGUACUGUAUAUGUAUGGAUGUAUAAAUACAUAUAUUCCCUGUAUGCUUCUUUUUAUAGACUGUUAGCCCGUGGGCUGGGUAAUUUUUCCCUUUUUGUCCUAUUCUGUUUAUCAGUCUAUAUUAAUGGAGUUUCUUCUGUGUACAGAGCUACAUAAUGUUGCAUGAGUAUGUAAUUAAAUGCAUAAAUAAAGUAAAUGGCUUUUACAAAUUG